AAAAAUGCGUCGUCGUCUUUUCUUUAAAGAUAAAGUAAAACAACGAUUAUUUCGCUCAGUUUCGUGUUCAAGCAUUUUUGAUUCGCUUAGACGGUUUAGUGGGAAAGUUGUAAUUAUUACUGGUUCGAGUUCUGGUAUUGGACAAUCAGCAGCAUUAUCUUUUGCUGAAGAGGGAGCGUCCGUUGUAAUCCAUGGGCAAAGCAAGGAAAGAUUGGAUAAAACAGAAAAAUUAUUGCUGGCCGAAGGAAUACCUCCUCAAAAAAUGCUUAAAAUUCUUGGUUCAUUAGAAGAUUCAAAGACAGCAGAAAGAAUUGUUAAAGAAACAAUAAAUAAAUUUGGAAGGAUUGAUAUAUUAAUAAACAAUGCAGGGGUGCUUGCUAAACCUAAUAUUAACAAUCCUGAAGCUAUCGAGAAUCUUGAUUUUAUUUAUCAAAUUAAUUUGAGAAGUGUUAUUCUCAUUACACAACUGGCAUUGCCUUACAUUGAAAAAGUUAAGGGAAAUGUGGUCAGUGUUAGUUCAACAAUUUCAGUUCGAUAUGCUUUGGCAACGUUCUAUGCUCUUCUUAAAGCUGGGUUAGAUCAUUGGACUAGAGCUAUGGCUCUACAAUAUGGGCCAAAGGGGGUUCGGUUCAACGCUAUCAACCCUGGCUGUACAAAAACAGUAAUAUUUGAGAAAAAUGGAUUUACUGGGGAACUGAAAAAAUUACAUGAACGAUGGGUAAAGAAAACAACUCCUUUAGGGCGUUUCGGAGAAGUCCACGAAAUGUCAGCAGCACUAAAAUUUUUGGCUAGCGAAGAAGCUUCUUAUAUAACAGGGGUUUGUCUAAUGGUGGAUGGUGGUUGGUCUAUUGCUUCUUUAGGAAUGGAUCAAAUAUAA